GUUCUCUCUUUCUUUCUUUCACAUUCUAGAAGUUUACUGGCUCCUUCCCUCUCGUCCUGCCUCCUCUGGACUCAUACCGGAGUUGGAGUCAAUGUGUCGCCUCAGAUCCGUCAGAGCGCGCACAGUUGCCCGCUGUCUGGUGAACGAUGGCGCCUCUCGUUGCCCGUGUGCUGCUUCUUGUCAUGUUGGCUUUACCUCUUUAUGGUGUGGAAAAGGUGAGGAACAGAGGAUACCGAAAGGAUCCUGAUGCUGACAAGUGCACUGGAAAUGAUGCAGAAAAGCCCAACUGCACUAGACACUCUGGAGAAGGAAGAGCUCCUUAUAUGAACAACAUGUAUGGUAGCUGCAUGCAGGGGCCAGCAGGCACCCCUGGCAGAGAUGGUAACCCCGGGGCCAACGGCAUUCCAGGGACGCCAGGCAUCCCUGGCCGUGAUGGGCUCAAAGGUGAAAAAGGAGAGUGCAUGAGUGAGAUCUUUGAGGAGCCCUGGAGGCCCAACUACAAGCAGUGUGCCUGGAACUCCCUGAAUUAUGGGAUUGAUCUGGGUAAAGUAGUUGACUGUACAUUCACCAAACUGCGUUCAGACAGCUCCCUCAGGGUCCUCUUCAGCGGUUCCCUCAGACUCAAGUGUAAGAAUGCCUGUUGCCAGAGAUGGUACUUUACCUUCAAUGGAGCAGAGUGUACAGGACCCCUGCCCAUAGAGUCAAUCAUCUACUUAGAUCAAGGAAGUCCUGAGCUCAACUCAACCAUCAACAUCCACAGAACGUCUACAGUUGAAGGGCUGUGUGAGGGCAUCAAAGCAGGGCUGGUGGAUGUGGCCUUGUGGGUGGGGACCUGCGCUGACUAUCCCAGAGGUGACGCAUCUACGGGGUGGAAUUCGGUGUCCAGGAUUAUCAUUGAGGAACUGCCUAAAUAAGAAGGUUGCAAGCCAGGGAGGGACCGGCCCUGGCAGGGUAACAGUAUGUUAUCUGGCCCUCCAAAAUUAUGGUAUGAGUUUUGCUGAGGCAUUACAAGAUCACUGAUGGUAACUUGAAUGUUUUUGUGCUGUUGAAAUUCUAUACUAGUUGACGUGUGUGUAAACAAUAAUACUGUCAUUCUAUCUAGAAAUAAACUUUGUACUGUAGUUUUUCUGCUCCCAGGUGCUAUUAAAAUAAAGCAACUAUUUAGCAGACAUGUUUAAACUAUGUACUCAU